AUGUCGUCCUCUGUAUUUUUCAAAUUCAAGUCUCAAAAGGAACCAUCAAGGGUGACAUUCGAUGGUACUGGAAUAUCUGUGUUUGAGUUGAAACGAGAAAUAAUUAGCAUCAAUCGACUGGGUGAUGGCACUGACUUUGACCUCGCUAUUUACAAUGAAGAUACGAAUGAAGAGUACGAUGAUGAUACGACAAUUAUCCCUCGGUCGACCUCAAUCAUAGCAAGACGGCUUCCUGCUGCAAAGGCGGGCCGUGGAAGCGCCGCUCGAUAUGUUUCGGGGAAGAUGCCCGUCCAUGCGCGCAAUGCUGGCCGAGUCGAAGCGCAAGCAACGAAGCCGACGUCACAAGCACCCGCUGCAUCUUCUGCUGCUGCUGAGAUGGACAAUGCUCAGACAGAAGAAGAGAGGAUUGCAGCCAUGUUUAAGGCUGGCGCAGACCAGUGGGAGCAGCAACAACAAGAGAUGGCAAAUGCCACACCAGUUUAUCGAGGUGGCCCGUUCAAAGGAAAACCUAUGAAUGUCCCUGACCAUAAGCCACCGCAAGGGUAUAUCUGUUAUCGAUGUGGCGAAAAGGGACACUGGAUACAGGCUUGUCCAACGAAUAAUGAUCCAAAUUUUGAUGGGAGGCCGCGGGUCAAGCGUACAACUGGCAUCCCUAGAUCUUUUCUAAAAACGAUAGAGAAACCCGCCGCUCUUGGAGGAGACGGACUAACAGAGGAUGCUCGACAAGUUUCGGGUGUCAUGGUCAAUGCAGAGGGCGAGUUUGUUAUUGCGGAACCAGAUAAGGCUUCCUGGGAACAGUAUCAAGCUAAAGCAAAGGUGUCGGCUGCUGCUCAAGAGGCUGCGGCUACUGGAAGCAAGGAGGUUCGCGAGCGUGGUUUAGAAUGUCCGAUAGACAAGCGAAUGUUUGUUGAACCAACAAAGUCGCCAUGCUGUGGCCGUACAUACUGCGCAGAAUGCAUCAGUAAUGCACUCAUUGAGAGCGACUUUGUCUGCCCUGGAUGCUCCUCAGAGGGUGUCUUGAUCGAUAACCUGGAACCUGAUGCCGAAGCCGCGCAAAAAAUAAAGGAAUUU